GUAUUGAUAAAUGUAAAGGGAGAGCUUCAAAAUUUACCGUGUGGAAUACGUACCUCGGUGACUUUGCAACAUCGUGUACGUCAGAAUGAUCUUUUUAAAAAAUAUCAUGUCAAGGAGAAUAAAGAUGCGCGUUUGGUUCUUUAUCGUAUGUGCCGUAGUGGUUUGGAAUUUUGUGCUUGUGUCCUGGAUUAUGGAUGUACAAUUACCAAAGGAAAUACAUGUUUAUUUCGCUAAGACGGACCGACAUAUUAUUCUAGUUCACCGUGAACGUUUAGCACAGAGGGUGGAUAAGUUAUCAAAUUCCGAGGAGUAUGUCACAAGACCUAAAGUAUGUAAUGACUGUUUUCAUACGGAUUUUGGAUACAUAUUAGAGAGUGACGUAUGCAACAGAAACCGUACGCGGUCAAACACCACCAUUCUGUUACUUGUUUUCUCAAAGCAUGAAAAUGUUGUUCAACGAAAGGCUUUACGUAAAACUUGGUUAUCACGUGCGAAAGGGAAUGUCACAUAUAUGUUUGUGUUUGGAAAAAGCGAGAUAGAGGAACUGAAUUACAAUGUUGCAGACGAACACCAGCUUUAUGAUGAUAUUCUUUUAAUUAAUUUUACCGAGAAUUACAGAAAUCUUACAUUGAAGACAGUAUCUGCCUUUAAAUGGGCGGUAUCUAACUGCAAACACGUAAAUUAUGUAAUGAAAGUUGAUGAUGACAUGUGGGUGAAUUUGGAAGCAUUACAGGAGACUGUGACGUCACCAUUGGGUUUAUCAAGUAAUACAUUGUAUGGCAGCUGCUCGAAGAAUGCUAGACCUUUUAGAAAACCUACCCACAAAUACUACGUGCCGUUCUCGAUUUACAAUGAAUCUACUUAUCCACCGUAUUGUUCCGGGACGGGGUAUCUAACCCACAUGAACCUCAUCAAAGAUAUAGUUCAACUGUCCCGUAAUAUUCCCUUUUUCCCUCUGGAGGACAUUUACAUAGCCCUGUGUUUACAACACCUAGGAUACAACGUUUCCAACAUGAUGCAAUUUCACGCAUAUAAAGUUUAUCCACACCCUUGUAUAUAUAGGUCAAAAAAUGUCAUCACCAGCCAUGGUCUCACUGCAAACGAACUGAAACUGAUAUGGAAAGCGAACUGUAAAGCCCAAUUAAGACUGUGGGAAGAACAGGGAUUUAGGAAUGGGGCAGUCGUUCCGUUAAAUAGUCAUUAUGAGAAAGUCGAAGUUAUUAUGAAAGAUUCACCGAGAAAGCGAGUUGUAAGAGGUAGAAAGUCUAUAAAUAGCUUUAAAAAUCCGCCAUUAUUGAAACUGAACAAAUAUGGACGGCACAUUGCUGUUGACGGUUGAAGAUCCCGAAGAUCCUGCUCAUCUUUAAUAUGAAAUGUUUGCUCUGAAAAGAAAAUUUAUGUAUUUCUC